GCGCCAAACCCUUCAUGUUCAAGCUUUCUCUGCAUCAUUUUCUCUCUGUUUUUGUAUCUUAUUUGAUACAUGUUUUUGGUUUGCCCCGUGAAGUUUUUGUUUUUCUUUGACUUCUGCUCACUGAAUUGGAAAUCUCCCUGCCAAAUGUAAUUUUCAACUUGACUAGUUUCAAACAGUUUGAAUUUCUCCCUUUGCUUUGAAACCUGGAGGUCUAAAACCGAUCCAUUCUCCCUUUUAUAUACAAGUAUUAUCUUCAAGAGGUGCAAGGAACUCAGAAAGCCAUACAGAAUUAAUCACGGAAAUGACUACUGUGGAGAGUGAAUUGGGUUGUGGUUUAAUGGGAGGAUUCUUCUGGCCAAGGAAAACCUCUGUUCGUUCUCUGCCCACAGACGGCAAAAAAAACAUCCCCUCGAAGGUUCACCAUAAUUCCCAUAUGGCUGAACCUCUUACGCCAAAGCAAGAAGAGAAACACAUCACAAAACCUGCACUGGUUUCUCCAAGGCUUUCAGCUUCCCUUGUUCAAAAACAAGCUUCAAGAACUUCAGAUGCCACCAGAAGCUCCACCUCAUCCUCCAACAGUUUAAAACUGUUGCAGGCCCUGGAUUCUGCCCAUGGACGGCGGCUGCAUAAGGAGCCAGCAGUCUUCUCUGGCGACUCGACUAGGAUGCUCACCGAUUCCCAGCUAGGUUCUAAUGGAAGCAGAACUACGGUUCGAGCUCCUUCCGGCAAUGUAGUGCUUUUAGGCCAAAUGGGUAACUUAAGAAAGCAGGGAAAUGGUGAUUUAUCAUCUAGCAAUUUCCCUAGCGGUAAUGGUAAGCAUACAAGUGAUUCUGUUUUGGGUAAUAUUGUGAGGAAGCCCAGGGAGGGAAACCAAAAAUGUGGAAACGAGUUUCGGGGUUUAAUGAACAGACUGGAUCCUGAGGUGUUGAAGUCCAUGGGAAACGAGAAGUACAAGCAGGGCAGGUUCGAAGAGGCACUAGCUCUAUAUGAUCGAGCAAUUGCUCUUGAUUCAAAUAAUGCAUCAUAUCGAAGCAACAAGAGCGCUGCUUUGACAGGUUUGGGACGUCUUGUGGGGGCAGUUUUGGAGUGCAGAGAAGCAAUUCAGAUCGAGCCUUCUUAUCACAGGGCUCAUCAUCGUUUGGCAACACUAUAUCUCAGACUGGGAGAAGCAGAGAGAGCACUACAUCACUACAAGCUCUCAGAGCCCAAGGCCGGGAUCAAGGAUAUUGCCCACGCUCAGGCUCUCAAGACUCACCUCAGCAGGUGCAACCAAGCUCGGAAACUCAGAGAAUGGAACACUCUGAUUAAGGAAACCCAGUGCGCAAUAACCUCUGGCGCCGAUUCUUCCCCACUGGUCUUUGCAAUGCAAGCCGAGGCCUUGUUAAAGCUUCACAGGCAUCAAGAGGCCUAUUCUGCCUUUCCAAGGGGACAUGAUUUUGAUAUUGAUUCCUGUAUGCAGUUGUUUGGCCUUACUGCCACUGCCUAUCUGUUAAUAAUUCAGGCGCAGGUUGAGAUGGCAAUUGGCAGAUUUGAGGAUGCUGUGUCCAUGGCUCAAUGUGCAAUUCAACUUGAUUCAAGCAGCGAUGAGGUGAGCACAGUGUUGAGAACGGUUCGAGCUGUGGCAUCAGCCCGAUUGAUGGGUAAUCAGCUUUUCAAGGCAUCAAAAUUCUUUGAGGCAUGUGUUGCAUACAGUGAAGGGCUAGAACACGAUCCCUACAACUCAGUUUUGUUAUGCAAUCGGGCAGCUUGUCGAUGCAAGCUCAGCCAGUUCGAGAAAGGCAUUGAGGAUUGCUCGGUGGCUCUUGCUGUGAGGCCUUCUUAUGGCAAGGCCAGGCUAAGAAGGGCAAACUGCAAUGCGAAGUUGCAAAGGUGGGAAGCUUCAAUACAAGAUUAUGAGAUGUUGAUGAGAGAGAGUCCAGGUGAUGAGGAAGUGGGCCGGGCCUUGUUCGAGGCCCAAGUCCAGCUCAAGAUGCAAAGAGGGGAAGAUGUGAAGGACAUGAAGUUUGGUUCAAAUCUGGUCUGUAUCUCUAGCAACGAGCGUUUCAGAUACUUCAUAACCUCUCCUGGGAUGUCAGUGGUGCUUUUCUGCAAGAAAACAUGUCACAAGCAAGUGGUGCAGCUUAUGGAGCAAGUGUGCAAGAAAUUCCCUACUCUCAACUUCCUUAAGGUGGAAGUUGAGGACCAUCCUUACAUAGCAAAAUCAGAGGGAGUGGGCUCUAUUCCAGCCUUCAAAAUAUACAAGAACGGAUCCAGGGUUAAAGAAAUUCCUGGAAGCAACCUUAACAUGUUAGAAAGCUCACUCAGAUUGUACAGCAAUUGAGGAUAAAUACACAAACAAACACUAAGAAUUUUUGUGUGCACAGCAGAAAAAACAAUUCACAAUUCAUUAUGAAAUUAAGAUAGUACAGUGAUUAGCAAAACAUUCUGAGAGGAGUUUGAAUGCUUCACCAUUAAUUUUUAUUUUUUAAAAUUUUUUGUGCAUUGCUUGAUGUAAUAAAAGUUUGUAAAAGAACAUUAUAAUUGGAUUGCUUUUUCAUCUAUUUAUCAAUGAAUAAAAAUUUGAAUGC